CGGUGUUGACAUUACCCAAUAUGACCUUGUUUUUUUUGGUGGCGUUUUUGUAUGUUUGAUUUAGAAUUUAAAGGAGAAGCAAUCUACCUGGAAGUUACGGCAGGGCAGUCUGUUGGGCUUCGCUUCUUGCUGAAGGUUGUGCAGGGAGCAUCAAACAAUAUCACCAUUGGAAGGGUCCCACAAAACGAUCUAACGCUGAACGAUCCUGAGGUUUCUGGAAAGCACGCGAUUGUAUCAUGGCACGCCAAGAGCGGUACCUGGCAGAUCACCGACAUGGGGAGCUUGAAUGGGACUCAAAUCAACGGCCAUUCCAUCCAUGCUCAAAAUCGGAUGAGAGGCCAACCUCAUGCGUUGUCAAAUGGGGAUGUCGUAACGCUGGGAUCUUCUUCCCGUCUGUCGGUAAAAAUUACGACCAACCAUUCGUCUCUACAUAUGAAGGCAGUUGCAGCUCCUUUUGGAGUGGGAGUUAGGUCAGAUCCAAUGAAGUCGAAGAGGGGGGGAAAGAUGCUUCCCAUGGAGGAUGUCUCUGUUUGCCUCUGGCCUCUGGGUGAUCUGAAGGAGUUUGGGAUCUUCUGCAUAUUUGAUGGUCAUUGUGGGCGACAAGCGGCGGAUGAUGCUAGCAGGAUAUUGCCUGCAAAGGUUACAGAGUUAUUGAGUGAUCCAAAGACGAGAUCUACUGUUCUGGAGAGCAAGGAUGCUGCUUCUGUUUUGCAGGAGGCUUUCCGGCACACUGAGGCAGCUCUCAAGUAUGAAGACCAGGACACCGGGGCACUGCCACGACGCAGUGCCAGAAUCGCAGUUCGUGCCCGCCCUGCAGUACCUCCAAGACCGAAGAAACUCAGCAGAUGGACGACUCCAGCAGCAUCAAGUACGGCAUUGACGGUACAAGACGCCACCGGAGAUCAUCCCGCAUACCCAGACCGAGGAGCCAAUGAGCCAGCGGCUGAUUAUCGUGGGCGGCUACUGGCAUUUACGGAAGCCGUAGCUGCCGUCGAGGCCCGGAAGGAGACAGCAGAGGCAGAACGUCAGCGGCUAGCCAAUGAAGCGGCAGCCGAAGCUCAGCGAACGACUGAGACUGACGCAGUGACACGAGACAGACGGAAUGCCAGCAGCACGGAGUCCUUGAUUGCUUGUGAGCAUCAGUGGACGGCGAUACUCCAAGACAUGAUCUUUGUGCCUACAGAAACGCAGGCAGACCCGACACCGGCGGAGGCAGAGACAAGUAACCUGGCUAACUUGCUGCUGGGCAUGAUGAGAGGUAUUAUGUGGAAUAAUACACUGCUGCAGUCACAUCUGCGCACGGACGCGACGCAGCGACAAACAUACAAGAAUGAUAUGACUACGUUAACAAGUGCUAUCCGCACAGAGGCAAUGCAGCAGCAGCUACAGCAUCAACUGUUGAAUUCCACUAUCACACGCGUCAACAGCAUAGAGGCUAACGCCUCAGCAGCGCCAGGCUGCACGACAGACGUGACGAAGCAACUCAGCGAGCGCAUCGAUCACGUCGUCACCAUCAUCGGCGACAUAAGCGCCGUCCCUCCGCGUGGAUGUAUCUACCGCAUGAGCGAAGAGGAACUCGAGGUGCUUYGYGCACAACUCGAUGAUCUUCUCAACAAGGGUUGGAUWYGCCCUAGUUGCUCGCCAUACGGUGCACCUGUUCUCUUCGUCCGGAAGAAGAACAAAGAYCUACGGUUAUGCAUUGACUAUCAAAAACUUAACGCACAAACCGUCAAGAACGCCGGCCCUCUCCCUCGGAUUGAUGAUCUCCUUGAGCGGUUAGGCGGCGCGACGUACUUCUCGAAGUUGGACUUGAAGUCAGCUUACCACCAGAUUGAAAUCCAGCCUCGAGACCGGUACAAGACCGCGUUCAAGACGCGGUACGGGCAUUUUGAGUGGGUUGUCAUGCCAUUUGGACUCACCAAUGCCCCCGCAACGUUUCAAGCAGCGAUGACGACUGAGUUUCGCGACUUGCUCGGUCGCAGCGUCCUCAUCUACCUGGAUGACAUCUUGGUUUAUAGUAGGACGUGGGACGAGCACAUCGUACACCUUCGCGUUGUUUUGAAUCGUUUGCGACUAGCCAAGUACAAAGCGAAUCUCGACAAGUGCGAAUUCGCCAGGCAAGAKCUUGAGUACUUGGGCCAUUUUGUCACGCCGAAAGGCAUUCGUCCCUUGGCGGACAAGAUCCAAGCCAUCGUGGAUUGGCCGGAACCCCGUUGCACUACGGAUGUACGCUCAUUCAUGGGAUUGGCUGGAUAUUAUCAGGGAUUCGUCGAGUCAUACUCGAAAGUGGCCGCUCCUUUGUCGAGACUUCAGUCCCCGAAGGUGCCCUUCGAGUUCGACGACGCAGCCCGUGGCGCGCUCAGUACGUUGAAGGCAGCAAUGCAAGCCGCACCUGCCCUCCGUAUAUACGACCCCACCCCACCCACCCAAGUGACUACGGACGCUUCGGGAUACGGUAUUGGUGCGGUGUUGGAACAGUGUCACGAGGACGGUUGGCAUCCGGUUGAGUACUUCUCCCAGAAGGUGCCUCUCGUCAACACUCUCGACGACGCUAGGAAGAAAGAGCUACUUUCGUUCGUCACCGUCCUCAAACGGUGGCGCCACUUUCUUCUCGGCCGUCGGCGUUUUAAAUGGAAUACGGAUAACAAUCCGUUGACAUUUUACAAAACGCAGGACACGGUCACUAGUACGAUCGAUCGAUGGAUGUAUUACAUCGACCAGUUCGAUUUUGACCCGUGUCACAUUCCCGGUCCCGCCAAUCAAGCUGCGGAUGCCCUCUCACGACGGCCCGACUUUUGUGCCAUUGUGACCACGGCAUUCAACCUCGAUGAUGAUCUGCAGCAGCAUUUCGUCAAAGGCUACAAGUCCGAUCCGACGUACUCUACGCUUUACGCAGAGCUUUCAUUGGAUCACCCGCCGGCUAGCCAUUAUGGGAUUUCGGACGGGUUCCUUCUCCUUCACACGAGAGGAAAGGACUUGUUAGUUGUGCCCCAAGAUCAUAUCUUACGGAUUCGUCUUCUCGGCGAAUUCCACGAUGCACGACUUUCGGCACACCUUGGCGUGAACCGCACACUCGCACGCCUCCGCCAGCGUUUUCACUGGCCCGACAUCCUUCAUGACGUCACGAGGUACAUUGAGUCAUGUGYAGUUUGCCACCGUAACAAGGGUCGAUCUCGAGUCCCCUUCGGCGAACUGAAACCGUUGCCGAUUCCUCGGGCACCACGCCUCUCCAUUGCUAUGGACGUGACAGGCCCGUUUCCCCGCGAUCGCCACGGCCAUGACGGUAUUCUCACGGUCGUUGACCGUUUGAGCAAGUAUGCUCGCUUCCUUCCUUGCAAGUAUCAUGCUGCAGCGCCUGAGCUCGCACGACUCUUGCACACCGGUUGGAUUACCAACCAAGGUGUUCCGGAAGACAUAGUGAGCGUCCGAGACACUCGCUUCAUGUCAGCCUUUUGGACUUCUCUCAUGACUGAGUCUGGCACGACAAUGAAGCCAAGCUCAGCUAGGCACCCGCAGACGGAUGGUCAGACGGAGCGAGCGCACCAGACCGCUCAGAUGAUGUUGCCUACGUUCAUCCGUCCCGACCAGAAAGAUUGGGUUGACCGGCUUCCCGACAUCGAGUUCGCCUACAACACUUCGGUGCACCCGGCGAUCUGCGUCRCACYAUUCGAGCUACAUCAUGGUGGAGAGAAAGCACGGAUCUUCGCUGAUCUCCUUUUGCCACAGGCUGCCGACAUAGACGUCCCUUGCUCUCCCGCUUCUGUCAGGAAGUAUCGGGACUUGCUGAUCAAAGCCCGCACGAAUAUGCAAAAGGCUCAGGGCUGCACUGCAACGGCAUUGCUGAUUUGGCGUGAUGGCUCAAGGGGAGGGCUUUGUGCCCAGUGUGCAAAUGUUGGAGACUCAGCCUGUGUUUUCAGUAUUGGAGGGAGGUCUGUUCCCAUGACAGAGGAUCAUAGAGUAAACACUCCGCAAGAACGGGAAAGAUUGGCAAAGAGUGGCCAUCCUGUGGAAGAUUCUGCAAACCGGCUUUGCGGGAUGAAUGUUGCGAGGGUUCUCGGCGACAAAUUCCUCAAGGGCCAGGAUGUGGGCCUCUCCCCGGAGCCAUACGUUAGUUCGGUGCUCUCCUUUGAUUUCGAUGGCGAUGUGACAGCAGUAAUGGCAAGUGACGGUCUUUGGGAUGUCAUGAGUGCGAAGAGAGCUUUGCAACUCACAGAAGAAGCAAGCCAGUCUUUGCAAACAUUGACAGACUCCAAGAUGACACCGGCAGAGGCAAUGGCCGAGUCUAUUCUCGAAAAAGCGCGUGCGGCACGCACCACUGAUAAUACAACGGUGAUGGUUCUGGAUUUCAGACAGUAUGGAAAGAUGAUGCAGUUCGAGACGCUCCGCACAGCCUCAUUUUCUGAAAGGGAGGGCAGAGAAGGAUGAUGAUGUGAUGUGUUUCAUUGAUUGCCUUAGUCUCUCCAUAAUGUCUUGUUUAUUAUGUUUCGUCAUUAUCCAAGUCUUGGCAGGUGCAGGGGCAGUCCGCUGACACACGUUGCAUAACAUAUACAAUAUCUAUAUUUCAGCAGCUGAUUUUUAUUUGUAACUAUUAAAGCUCUGCCGCCAUUGAAGUCUCGAAGCGCACUUGGCACUGGGCUGGGACAGGUCGCAUGCCUAUUUACUGUCAUACAUACACGUAUGCAUCAUUCCCUCGGUUUGUCCUUUGGGACACAUUGGUUAUCCUUUGCUGCUGUUGAGGUCGUGACGCUUGUGGUUUUCACUGCGUGGACGCAAGAUCAGGAUGAGAGACGUGUUGGAGACAGGGUUCUAAAAAAAAGGCGCAAUGAUUCCAGUUCCAGUGGAAAGAUUCAGUAAUCGCCCGUGGAGAGGGCCUGAUGGUGAGGAUGACCUGUGCUUUCCUCACUAACAUGGAUCCCAUCGAGGGGUGGCUUUCAACAUUCUGAAUGGAAUAAGUUAGUUGUCACGCAUAUAUUGUCAUUUUCCUGUUUCCAGCACUGCAAACAUGCGUCCCAUCUAUUUGGGGGUAUCAACGGUCUAGUGGAGUAGGGCACCUGCCAGGGCAUAUCACACGUUUAAUAUGUGUAUCGCACGUGGAAUUAGGAUGACGACUCAGCUGACGGUUUUGUUUUCUGCUGUCCAUGCUCCCGACGUUUCUCUUUUCAGCUGGGUUGACUGUGCCAUUCUCUGUUACAAUUAAUCUGUACUUGACCUUGUUUUGUUUCCAAGAACAUUUGGGGAAUAAUUUUUCUGGUUGGCAGGAUGUUAUGGUAAUGCUCAGCGUUGUAGAGUUGGGAGACAGCCGCAACAUGAAGCUCCAAUCUCCCGGUGAGUGUUCACUGGUGUCCCCAGCAGGGAACAGUUAGUAGUAUAGUAAGGGCAUGUCUGUUACUCUUCUAACCUUCGUCUACCCAUCCUGCGUUUCGGUUAUGAAGAUAAUGACCCUGCUUUCUUGCUGAGUCGGAAAUGGCGACAAUGGUAAACAGCUAUGAAUGGCAAGAAGAUCUGGACAACCUGUUGUUCGAUUUAAAGGCGAGAAAAUGACGAGGUCUUACGGGUAGGUUAUAAAUUAUAAUACUCCAAAGGCAAUUGUUAUGCUGAGUGAAGAGGCCACUGCAUUGGAUCCUGCUCCUCAGCCGACUAUCUUGUAUGGUUCGGAGAGGACUCGAGUAAUUCACCUAACGUAUGGUGACGGUGAUGGUGAACGGUCUUGAAGAUCUGGAGGUUUGGUGACGGUGACGGAUGGUCCAAGGAAGUUGGUCAGCAGAUGAACCCGGUGUUCGUUGCAAAUUGUCUUCGCGAUUUCCUCAGGGCAUUCAGUAGGUCCUCUACUUUGAAAUAUGAGUUAUCACCUUGUAUGGUGUUUUUCAUCGUGGCAGAAAGCACCCAGGUUUCUCUUGCAAAUUCAGAGGGUGGUUACCGGGCCCCUGCAUUGGCAGCGGUUACACAAAGUGUAUGCCGGGGAUGAGGAGCGGCGAAAUGUCAAACUCUGUAAUUUCCGGCAGCAAUAAGCUUUUUAAGUGGCGGGUUGAGGCACGGAAAAGGCCUGAUCAAGUAAGUCGCCUGCGUCUUUCUUACCUUGAGGUCUAUAACUACUAGCUUUCGUAUCGGUGGAGUUUGAUACGCUAUGCCUCUCCAAACUCCUGUCGCCUGCUUGGCUCGCCUUUGUUGAUGCUGAUGACCUCCGUUAGGCUUUUAUCUGUUUUGGCUCCGUGAAAAUAAUAAACUUGUGGCAGGUUGUGUACUUUGGAAAUUGGAGUACCAUUUACUGUCUGGCCACUUGUCCUGAUUCUGUACGGUUGGUCGUCCGAUCAAGUCUCUUGUCAAAUCGAAGUCUUGACAGCGGCUAGUUUAUCAGUUUCUUGAACUCUGAGUCAGUGUCAUUGUUGCUUUCCAUUGCUGUUCACAACGUCAUGUUGGACAUUUGCAGCUGUUCACAUGCCUCUGCCCCUCAAACACCACUGCUUUGGUCUGCUGCCAUCACUAUCUCCUGUAAGCUUUCUCCUUUCCACAUUAGUGUCUUUGUUUGCUGGGUGAGCGGUUGUCCAUGUGGACUGUACCUACCCCCAGUGAAACAGCCUUCCAUUAGAUGUAAUUGGGUCGAUUGCACUUGGAACUAACCUGCAUUGUGAUUUAGAAAAUAGUCUCUUUAACACGUCUUUGGCAUUGCCACCCCGUGAUGGCUGAUCUACGACUUUGAGCAUGGGGAUGAAAGAAGGUGACCUGAGUGUUAUUGGAAAAGGCGGGGUUCACAAAUUUGAUGGAUGGAGCAGGAGAGGAGAGGUUGCUGAGUUGCCAUUUAGGUUUCGCUAUGCUUCAUGACACAGUUGCCUUUACACUGUGUAUGUAGGGGGAUCAGGCAUGGGCAGGAGUCUUUACCUCUUCUUAUCUCAAAAGUUUAUGUCCCUUCCUCUGCCGGGAGCGUGUUAUACUGAAGGUAAGGAAGCAAUCACAUGCUAAAUCUGCUCGCGUGAGGGCAGGGCAGGUGUUAUUUUGCAAUGUUGUGCACUACGUUGCCGCUCGUGGACUUGCUGCUGGGCAAGUGACUCGCUGAGCAUGUUGUCGAUCUGAAAAUCACGCAUGCAAUUUGGCGGAUGACAAGGCAUCUCUUCGACGACUUCGGCCAAGCGUUCUUCUGGAAUCGCGUUUCCGAUGUUGCAUUAUCCGCCGGUCAGUUUUUUCACUCUCCUGGUUUUACCUCGUCUUUGUAAGUGCCAGAAGCGAAGCGAAAAGAACAAUGCUUAAAGUGACAACAGGUGCUAGUGAUCGCGGUGGCAGAGUGGAAUUCCGGUAAAUGUUGCUAGCUAUACUGUGGACUCUACCCGUGAAACUUGCAUUUGAUUCAAGGGAUUGGCCGUCUGUGGAAAGGGUGUCAUCGAAGAGACCACCCCCUUUCGAUCGAUGCUUAGUUCAUGUAUCUCCGAUCAUCCAGGUGUUUAUCCAAGUCCUUUAUUACCUGUUCUUACUGUUCCAUGCAUUCUCUCCUAUUUUUCGCAAGCAUGAUUUUCUGCUCUAGUUCAUUCCGAUCUGUGUAUUUCGCUGUCCACUGUUGGACAAUCAACAACAUCUUUCGUUUCCAGGCAGUUUUUCGGGUAGUUGGGUCCCCCCAGGGGUGUCUGGGAUUUUCUGGCUGGAUAUGGUUAUCCGGAUGCCGGAUGGGCCUAUCCGAGAAUGGGUCAGCCAGGAAGGAGAAGGAAAGAUGAAAGAGGACUUUUGGAUGAGGGUCACCUUUGUAUUCUGAGUAAAAUUCCAAUAAGUCU